AUGUGGCUGCUGCGCGCCCCAGUCCGGCUGCGCCGCCAGCUCGCUGCCUCCUGUGGGCUGCGGGGGGGCCCUUCCCUGGCCCAGGAGCAGCUGAAAUCAGAAGGGAAGCUUCAAAAGCAGAUCUGCCAAGUUGUUCUGGAUCACUUUGAGAAGCAAUACAUGAAGGAGCUGGGAGAGGCAUGGAGCACAGUCAGGGAGGUGCUCACAUCACCAUUGUGCUGGCAAUAUGCUGUUCUGCUUAAUAAAUUCAGCUAUUCCUCUGAACUGGAGAACAACUUGCAUUUGAAGGGGUAUCAUAGUCUCUUUCAGGAAACCUUACCCUAUCUCCCAGGAUCAUUAAAAUGUUACAUUAGUAGAACUCCUGGGAGAUUCCCUGCACAGAAACACCACAUUGGUAAACUCAAGGAAUAUUAUCUGCUGAAUGCUGCUUCACUUCUGUCGGUGCUGGCAUUGGAAAUAAAGGAUGGGGAAAGGGUUUUGGAUAUGUGUGCUGCUCCAGGCGGUAAAUCAAUAGCUAUGCUGCAGUGUGCCUGGCCAGGUCAUCUUCACUGUAAUGAGUAUGAUAGUCUGAGAUCAAAGUGGCUGAAGCAGACACUAGAAUCCUUCAUCCCAGAGCCCCUGAUGAAUUUAAUUACUCUCUCUGAACUGGAUGGGAGACAGAUUGGAGAUCUCCAUCCUGAAUUGUACGACAAGGUACUGCUGGAUGCUCCGUGUUCAAAUGACAGAAGUUGGUUAUUCUCUUCGGAUAUUCAGCAGGCUACACUUAGACUCAUCCAAAGGAAGGAGUUAUCUGCUCUACAGGUACAGCUACUAAGGUCUGCCAUUAAAGCUUUGUGUCCUGGAGGAUCUGUGGUCUAUUCUACGUGCACUCUCUCGAAGGCAGAAAACAGUGAUGUAAUCAGUCACAUCCUAAACUCCUGCAGUAACGUUCUGCCUGUAGAUAUAAGUGAACUGGCCAAUGUCGUUUCCGAUGAGUUCUCUCUGGUUGCUGGUGUCCAGCCACAUGAACUUUUAGUACUUCCAGCGAAGGGGAAAGCAUGGGGGCCUAUGUAUGUAGCUAAAUUAAAGAAAACGUAG